CAGAAAAAUUUAAGCGUCUGUCUGUCUUCUGUCGUCUGCAUUUUUGCAUCUCCUACAAUAAGUUUUAUUGGUUUUCAAUUGAACUUGCAGCAUAAUUUCGAACAAAAUUCGUUAACAAAUAACAAUGGUUCUCUAAAAAGAAAAAAAUAACAAAAUGGAUAAAUUCCGAAGAAAUCGCAAAACAUCAACACCCACUAGAGCUCAUCCAGCAACUUCUUCUAAUGAGGCAACGACGACGUCUAAAGCAGCAGCAGCACCAACAACAUCAUCAUCAACUUCGACAGCAACUAAAUUCACAAUUCAACAAAAAGUUCCAUCAGGAACUGCACCAAAAAAAGGACCAUAUUCAGUUAAAAGAACUGUUGAUCCAAAUGAAGUUUUUAUAAAAAGAAGAAUUGGUGAAGGUUCGAAACCUUUGUUUUCACGUAAUGAAUUUCGUUCGAAGCGAUCUACAAGUCCUAAAUCCAAAAGAACAUCAAGUUCAUCAUCUUCUUCUUCGCGUUCAAGUAGUCCAGAAAAUCGUUGCCGAACCACCACCAAGGAACCAUCAAAGGCAGUACAACCUACAAAGAGAAAAUCCCCCGAAAAAGUUCCAUAUUUUCUAGAUGAAAAACGUGAAGUUGAUCGCAUAAAAAAACUCUACGGACGAAGAAGAUCACGUAGUUUGAGUCCUGUAGAUAGAAGAAGAUCGUCCACAUUCAAAAGUUCUCGCAAUCGAAGUAGGUCAUCUACACCAGUGCCCACAACUAUUAGGGGAAGAGUACAAUUUUACGCCAACCGUAAUAGAAGAAGAUCACCAAGUCGUGAGCGUUAUCGAUCACGACAUCGUCAUCGUUCCGAAUACAGUCGAAGUCGAUCGAGAUCGAGAGAAAGACGAAGAGCAAAAAGAUAUCGAGAUGAAUUAAGCAAUGAAAGAUCACUACUCCCAGCACCACAUUUUAUUCCGGUUCCUGUACCCGUUGAGUACCCUUAUAUGCCACCAGCAUGGGGACCACCAAUAAUGCCACCACAACCGAGGUUUCCUUAUAUGAUAAGGCCACCGAUCCCAGCGCCGGUUCCUUUUAUGCCGAGACAUUUCCAUCCACCACGAUUUUUUAUGCCAAAUGGAUUUCAAAGAGGGAAUUUUCGUCCUAGAUAUUAAGAUAAAAUAAAAGGUUGUUGGUAUGCUAGAGUCUUAAAGAACGCAAGCAAACCGUACCGAUCGCGACGAUGGGUCUAAUUAAGAAAUGAAUGUAGUUUUUAAAUUAAAACAA